AAAAACUGGCAACAUCUUAGUGGCAGUUGACUUCAACUUCAGUUCUUAAGUUUGCAUCUGUCAAUUUUUGCGCCAAUUUAGUUUUGUUAUUCUUCUAUUACGUGUGCUUUUUAUACAUUUGGCCAGGUAUUUUACUCAGAAACUCAGAUGGAAGGCAUGGUGACCCCGGAGGGCGGGCGGCGCACGCGCGCGGCGCUGGCGGAGAUCCCGGCGCGGCUGGGCCGCCUGCGCGUGACUCCGCUGCAGCCGCUGCAGGCGCUCACCAACGCCCGCGACCACUCGCCGCCGCUGCCCGCCGGCUACCUCAGCCCCGCGCCCUCGCCGGACGAGAUGCUCAUACAACAGAGAGGUCGCAAACGUCUUCCGGUAACAUGGUCUCCAGACAUCGAAAUGAAACGGAAUUCCUCAUUCCACUCCACCGUCCGAACACCGCCCAAAAACCCCGGCCGACUCUCGCCGCCCAAGCUCGGCGUCACGCUCCGCUCGACGCCACGCAAACGCCUGCUGCUAGGCGACGUCGAACGGGUGCCCCUCACCCCUGAAAAGAUAGACUUCAGCGACAUAAGCACCCCGAAAAAAUUCAAAAUCACGAGCCCCAUCAAAAGCACACCACCGGUGAAACGAUCGAGGACCGAAAAAACGUUAGAUUACAAAGGACCGAUAGAUGUCGCUCUCAAAGGCUUAAGCCCGACACAAUUGAUCAACAUGAUUAAAACAAUAACCUACAAACAUCCCGGCAUCGAGGAUGAGAUCCGCAAAGAAAUGCCUCUGCCAGAUCUGAGCCCUCUAGAGGAACGGCUAAAUUACUUGAAGUCUAACAUUUUUAAAGGUCUGCCGACUUCAAGGUUGACUUCUAAGACGGAUUCACCGGCGUAUUCGCGCGUGUCGACACAUUUGGCGGCGUUUAAGAAGUGCUUAGUCGAGCAGGGGAAGGUGCUAGUGGAGUCCCAACACUGGGAGUCGGUCGUCCAGUAUGUGUUCCUCGCCUGGAGCUACGUGAGGGCCACCCCAGUGUGGGACCACCAGGCGCACAAUGCACAUAGGAAACAGUGUUUCCGAUCCUUGCUCAACUUUUGUCUGACUGCGCUGAAAAAGGGGUGUUUUGAUAAAGAUUUGCUGGUCGAUGUCCAGGAUAAGCUCCAUGGAUUUGUGUCUGAUUCUGAGGAAGUCCAUACCUGUCUGAAGCAUGUCCAAGGAAUGCUUCAAGAAUAUUAGUUCUUUUUUUUUUUUAGAAAAUGUGUGUCUUAUGUUAUUUUUUCUAGCUUUAUUCUUAUCGGAUUUUUAGUUAUUUUUUUUUUUCUUAUUAAUUCAUUUUAUAUGUAUGUACUUUAAUAUGCAAAGGCCAAAUAGACUGAAUUUUUAAAAUUUUACUUUGAAACUGUACACCGUUUCUAAGUAAAAAUAAGUUUGUCUUACAAAUUCAAUAUCAAAUAUCAAUAUUUCUCAACUAUUUUCGGUAUUUUUAAUCUUGGCUAAAUAUCCAGUACAUGUAAUUUUGUCAAUAAUUUUGAAUUGAAAUAAUAAUACAUAUUGAAACGAAUCAAACAAAUAAUUGUGUGUUUUUAGAAUUAUUUAUAAUAUUUCUGUUUUAAUGCAUUUUAAUUUUUAUAUUUGUAAGUUUGAUUCCUUUCGUAGCUGUGACCAUACCAAACUAUUUUAUUUAGAGGUAGUGAAGAAGAUUGCGCAUUUCCUUAAGGCGCUUUGCACUCCAGCGCCACCUUCACAUUUUUAUCAAUUUCUUUUUCUUACUGAUUUUUUUAUUAUUAUGCCACACUAGAUGAAGAAUUUUAUUAAAAGUAUUAUAGUUUUCCAUUGCAUAAUGACUACAGUUACUAAAUCCAAAACGGUGGCCACCAAAAUCCAUUUGGUCAACUGUGACCACAUUGCGUUAGAAAACGAAAAGCGUGAAAGAGUAACGAACAUACACACAUACAUCCUCACAAUCUUGCAUUUAUAAUACUAGCUGCGCCCCGGAGUUUCGCUCCCGUGGGAAUUUCGGGGUAAAACCCUACCCUAUGUGUUAUUCCACGUUAUAUUCUAACCGUGUACAAAGUUUCAUAACAAUCGGUCCAGUAGAUUUUGCGUGAAAGAGUAACAAACAUAAACAUACAUUCUCACAAACUUUCACAUGUAUAGAAUUAGUAGGAUUUCGCUUUGUAAUAAAAUUCUUUAAUUAAAAUAUUUUUUGCUUUUCGCUAAGUUGAUAAAAAUGUGAUAGUGGAGGUAGUGUGCGGCAAAGCGCCUUAAAGUGAAUUUAUAUGCACUGUUUAAUAUAACACGUUUUAUUGUUAAGUGAACUUGUUUAAUUGGAGAUAAGAGGCUGGAUGAUGUCACCAUUCACUAAUGUUCGUGGAAAACUAAUUGUUGCGUUUUUUAUGACGUCUUCUGCAAUAACAGGAGUUCUGUUUAGGCGUAAUUUUUACGUUUUUUUUAGCAUUUAAUGAGGAUAAAAGUUUGUGUAGCUGUUAUUUGUAAGAAGUCAAGCUACUUGAAGUAAUUAUUUACAUUAUGAAAUAUAAUUUUUUGUUUUUAUUGAAUACAGAAGGUGAAGAUUCUAAAGUUUAAAUUGAUGAAAUACCAAAUAAUAAAAAAAGACUUCGUAAAUAAUUUGAUCAUAAGAAAUUAAUAGAAAGCAGUGAAAUUUGUGCCUUAUGUGAUAGUGAAUAAAGUCCGUUGUUAUAUGACGAAAUAUCAUUGAUAUUGUUCAAUCCACUUUACAGUUAGUUAAUUUAGGAUUUAAGCGUUUUUUGGCUUAAUAAAUUGUAUUUUAAAAUAA